CAGCAGACAGGUAGAGCUCUUCAGUAGAGAGAUUCACUUCACCCGUCCCAGACACCUGUUACAGGACGAGACCAGACCGAGAACGACGUGCUUCUGCUUCAGGACGCAGUGAAAGCGCCAAUCCGAGACUCACGCGACCUGAUGAACCUGCAGGACGAGCUGUUGCGACACACGGGUGCAACCAAAGGAUAAUUCAUGUGCUACUGUAAAAACCGCCAUCCUUCUCUGCAAACAAGAUCAUCGUAGGAUCAUCUAUCGCGACUCCAGCAGCCAGUUCUGUGCUUUCUCCGUCGUGAUGAACAUCCCUGCGAAAGGACGCAAACCGAAGAAGCCUCACUACGUGCCUCGUCCUCCCGGCAAGCCCUUCAGAUACCAGUGCUUCCAGUGUCCCUUCACCUGCAACCAGAAAUCACACCUGUUCAACCACAUGAAGCACAACCUGUGCCACGUCUCCACCUCCAUCAGCUCCAGCGCCGGCACAGUGGAGGGAACACACGACCGCUGGACCUCGAGCCCUGAAACACGGCCAUCUGAACCAACAUCUCCGGACGUCUGUGAGGAAACCACAUCAACUGUGUGUCCUCGCGGCCCCGGGUCGGUCACACCCGGCGCGCUGAACCUCCAAAACACGGCGCGUCUGCAGGAAACAAUGGAGGAUUUUCCAUGUCAUCUUUCCCACGCCGUUCCCGCAGCUUUUCAUCCGCUUUAUCCUCAGUAUCAGCCCUACAUCUACGAGCCCGUCCUGCCUUACGUCCACGGACUGUUCCCUCAGACGCUGCUCCCGAUGUUUCCAAUGGCGGAGUAUUUCAGGUACUACUACACAAUCCCGGCCCCCAGCUACAGCUGCUACCAUCCGCCGGAGCAAACGCACCCCUCCGUGUCCUCUGUCCCGUACUCUGUGAUGGACAUCAGCUCUGCGUUUCCAGCGCCGCCGCGACACGAAGGCCCGGAUGUGGCACCUGAUCUUUAUGCUCUCACAAAUGUGAAGGGAAAGGAGGCUCAGGUGAGUCCGCAGCCAGCAGAUGAGAGGUGUUCAUUAGUAGCCAGCCAAUCGGAAGAGAGGGGCGGGGCCACACAAGUACAAGAGGACAGGAGUCUCCCAGAGAGGGCAUCAUCUGCAUCCAGAGAGAUGGAAAGUAAAAAUGACCGAUUUGAUGAGGAUACUUUGGUUCCUCUGAACCUCUCCAGGAGAGACAGUCCUCUGAAUCUGUCUACGACGACUCGAUCAGACAGCGGCCUGAUGAAUGAGGGGAUUGUGGGUACCGUAACAUCACAAGAAAACCAUCACUUACCUGUAGAGAGAACAGCCGCGUUCGCUCUCUGUCAGCUGGCUCAGUCUGGCGCUUCCGACCAUGUCUGUCCAGCAUCUGAUGCAAGCGAACACACGGACAUCACAGAAACAGCUUCCACUGACUCGAAAACAACUGCUGAUGUGAAACCAGGUAUAUGUGUGGAAGGCUCUGCCCCUUCCACUGAUGCUGCAGAAGCAAACACAGACAAAAAGACACGGAAAACACAACAUGAAGAGAAAACUGACGAGCAGCCGCAGCAAACACAACCUGAGGAAGAGAAGUCACCGUUAAAGUCAGAAAUCUGAAAUAAAGUCAGUAAAUGAGAGACUAUUUUAUAACCAAUUAAGUUGAAAUGUUUCAGGGAAGAUCAGCUUAACUUUCACGAGAAGCACAGAAUCAUUUUUUUUAAUAUUUUUUAAACACUGUUAACAUUAUUUUUCUCACAUUGGUAUGAGGUUUUCAUACUUACCUGUAAAAUAAACAAAAUGGUGAAACUGG